AUGGCACGCUUCAACGACAGGAUUGCACUUAAGUUCCAAACAGUCCAAAAGCGCUUAGCCCGCGUCGUCAUUACGGUUAAGAUUGUGCCUGCUGCGAAGCAGGCCUCCUCUUCGAAAGGAGAGUCAUCGAUCAAGAAACCGCCCUAUGAAGACGACGAAGACGACGAUGGCGACCAACCUAGGGGCACCAAGAAGAAUAAGUUCAAGACGUUGCGAGGCCUCAAGCAGGAUGCCCCAGAAUCCGAAUUUCGACUUCGGCAAGAGGCUCAAGGCAUGGUCCAACCAAUCCACGGACUAAUGACUUCGCUGCGGCUUUCCAUACACAACUCGAGGGUGUUCGGUCAGGUGUAA